ACGUCCUUCUCACUCCUCCCUCUCUCCUCUCUCUCUUUCUCUCUCUAGAAUCCACUGCUUGACCACCUACUUGGAUUUCGAUUCCAUCAAAUCACCUUUCCAUCCUUAUUCUGUCGAUUAUAUUAUAUUAUUCAUCCAAACGCGGCCUUUCCCAGCUCCUCCCCGAUUCUCCAUCGGUAAACGCUUCCUCAACCUCCGUCUCCCCUCUCUCUCUGAUCGAAACGUCGUCGUUUCCCGAAGUCCAUCUCCACUGAACGCGUUUUGACGAUUCUUUAACAAUGAAUACGCAGCUGUUGGAGAUUCAACCAAAGGAAUUGAAGUUCUUGUUUGAAUUGAAGAAGCAAAGCUCAUGCUCGAUUCGGCUUACCAACCUGACCAACAGCUAUGUUGCUUUUAAGGUUAAGACUACGUCCCCUAAGAAAUACUGUGUGGUCCCAAAUGUUGGUGUUGUCUUACCAAAAUCAACUUCUGAGUUUUCGGUUACAAUGCAAGCACCACGAACCGGUAUGGUAGAUAUGGAAUGCAAAGAUAAGUUUUUAAUCCAGAGCACGAUUGUUUCUUCUAGGACAACUGACGAGGAUAUUACAGCUAGCAUGUUUUCUAAAGACGGUGGCAAGUACAUUGAAGAGAAAAAGCUAAGAGUAACCCUCAUUAGUCCACCCAAUUCCCCAAUGCUGUCACCAAUGAAGGUAGACUUGAAGCAGGGGCUUGGCUAUGAACAUUCAGUUUUAAAAGAUCAAUUCGGUGGAGUUGAAAUCCUCCCUUCGCUGAACAAGGUUGCUAAGGAUGUGAAGUUCACAGCUACUAAUGAGAUGCCAAAGCCAUCAACGGGUACUAAUGAGAAGCCAAAACCAUCAAAGAAUGUAGAGUUGAAACCAGAAAAAGACUUUGAAGUGAAACCAGAAAAAGAUUUUGAGUUGAAACCAGAAAAAGACGUGGAGUUGAAGCCAGCAAAAUAUGAGGCAUUGGAACCAGAAAAAGAGGCGGAGUUGAAGCCAGCAAAAUAUGAGGCAUUGGAACCAGAAAAAGAGGCGGAGUUGAAACCAGUAAAAGAUGUGGAACUAGAAUCAGCAAAGGAUGUGGAGUUGAAACCAGUAAAAGAUGUGGAACUAAAAUCAGCAAAGGAUGUGGAGUUGAAACCAGAAAAAGAGGUGGAGUUGAAACCCGAAAAAGAGGUUGAAUUGAAACCAAAAAAAGAGGCGGAGUUGAAACCAGUAAAUGACGUGGAACUAAAAUCAGCAAAGGAUGUGGAGUUGAAGAAACCGCCAAAUGCUACGGAGUUGAAACUAGAAAAAGAUGUGGAGUUGAAUGCAACAAAGAUUGUGGAAGAUUUGAAGUUGGCGAAGGAUAUCCAAGAGAUGAAAUCAAAGCUAAAUGCACUUGAAUUAAAGCUGAGCCAGGCUGAAGUUACUAUUUCAAAGCUGACAGAGGAGAGGAGUUCAACCAUUCAAGAGACGAGAAAUAUACAGGAGCAAGUGGCACAACUGGAUAUAAGAGGUGUGGAUGUGAAAGUAGUCCAAGUCGGAUUUCCUCUCCUCUUUGUUUGUAUGGUGGCGAUCAUGAGCGUUGCUAUCGGAUACUGUAUACACCCUUGAAGAACAUGUGCAUGAAGCUAGAACCAUCGGUGGCAGUUAGAUGUGUACAGAUGAAGUUUACAGGGGACAGUCAAGCCAAAUUUAAUCACACCAGUGACAUUAGAUAUACACAUUUUUUUGUUUCCAAUAAGGUAUGUAGUUGUUUUCAAGGCAUGGUGUUUCGAAGGAACCAUAUAUGCUACUCUAAUAGUUAAAAAAAAAGGUCGUACUCAGUGCACAAGGCUCCCGCUUUACGCAGGGUCUGGAAGAGGUGAAUGUCGGCUAGCCUUAUCCUCAUUUAUGGAGAGGCUACUCCCAAGUCUCGAACCCGAGACCUACCGCUCAUGGGCGAAGACACUUGCCAUCGCACCAAGUGCGACCUCUAUGCUACUCUAAUAGUUAAUGCUUUAAAAUUAUAAAUUCUAAUCCUCCACCUUUACCCUUAAAGAAUUUAAUUAAAAAGUAAAAUAGAUGAGGGUGCGUGGGAGCAAAGGUUCUUGAACUUUAUCUCAUGUUUUGUUUAUGUUCAUGAACUCUCAUAUUAGUUUUCCUCAUCCUUCAACUUAAUUUUGCGUUGCAUGAGUAGUCAUUUCGUCAAAUCUGAUGGGAUGGGUUUUGAAGAAGGUGGGGCAGGUGCUUGAACCUCGCCUACCUCUUUAGUUUUUGACAUUUUUAGCUUUCUAGGUUGCUUUUUGGUAACAUCCUUGAAGACCUUCACGAGACUUGUCCCAUCAAGAUUUUUUAUGUAUGGAUUUAAAAGGCUUGUUAGGUAUUAAUUUCACUAUAAUAUCCGUAUGUGUUAAAGCAAUAAACACAAAAAUCCUAUUGUGUAAUGGUAAUAGUGUGUCCAAUAAGAGUGCAUACUUGCAUGAAAUUAUUUAGCUUGCAAGGGUAUUUUCGGAAAUUUAAACGAAACAUUCAUGGUACUGUUUACUUUUAAGGAAAAAUCACAUUUUUACCUUUCCCUGAUACUAUUCAUUACCAUUUAUGUCAUUUUUCAUUGAAACUAAAGUUUUUUUUUACUUUUCGUUAGUUUUUUUUUUUUUUUACUUGUCAAAAGCUUGUAAGGUUAUUAUGUAGUGUAAUAUUUUUGGUAUGCUUUGUACCAUUUUUU